GUCGUAGAGUCGGCUUUGGCGAUCUGAAAAGCAGGCGUCGCAAAAGCAAACCACUUGGCAUUCGCGCUGGGCGAGCUGAACACUGCGAGCGUCGAGUGUCGCGACGGUAUUUUCCAUUUAACACCGCUCACAUAGAGAUUCAGAUCCACAUCCACAUCUGUUUUUUGUUUUCGUUCGGGCGUUGCGUUAUUUUUUUUUUCGUGUGCGAGAGAGCGUUGGAUCGAUCGAUCGACCAUCCCAUCUCGAUCAUCAGUGGUAAACAAAGCGAUCGCGAUCGCGCCAUCCAUCCAUCCAGAUCCAGUGAGGCAGUAGUUCCGCAGGGCAGAAAGAUAGAAUCCAUAGCCAUGGAGGUGUACACGUCGGAUAGCUCGGACACGGAUUCGCGGGAGCAGAAGACCCUGGACUUUGGGCGCAUGAGCCUCGAUCUGGUCACCCUCGAGGAUCACCUGGCCUCGCCGCAGAAGGCGCUGCUAAAGUCCAGUGGCGAUAUCGAGACCAUGCUGCUCAAUCACAAUCGGCUGGUGGGCUUGCCCCGCCUCGUGAUGCAAUUUGCCAACCUGAAGGUCCUGGAUCUCAGCUCCAAUGCCAUCACAACGCUCCCAGAUGCCGUCUGCCAGCUGCCACUGGUCACCCUGAUUGCCAAGAACAACCUGCUGACCAACGCCUCGCUGCCCAAAUCGCUGCUCUCCAAACAGGCCAAUGGCAAUGGUGGCUCCACCUCCACGCUCAAGGAGCUCAAUCUGAGCGGCAACCAGCUGACCCACUUCCCCGAACAGGUCACCGAGCUGCGCCAUCUCAAGUACCUCUAUCUGGGCGCCAACAAGAUCUCCAGCAUCUCCAAGGAUAUCUGGAAGAUGCAAAGCCUGCAUGUGUUGUCCCUGGGUGGCAAUCUGAUCAGCGAAGUGCCCGAGGCAGUGGGCUCCCUAAACCAGCUGCAGGCCCUCGUCCUCUGCGACAACCUGAUCGAGAUCCUGCCGACGAGCAUCGCCCGACUGAAGAAUCUUAAGUCGCUGUUGCUCCACAAGAACCGCCUGCGACAUCUUCCCAAGGACAUUGUGGCACUAAAGAACUUGACGGAGCUAAGUCUGCGCGACAAUCCGCUUGUGGUGCGCUUCGUGCAGGACAUGGCCCUGAAGCCGCCCACCCUUUUGGAGCUGGCCGGCCGGAUAGUGAAGGCCAGCGGCCAGCGACCCGGACCCUAUGACAUACCCAGGACACUGGCCGAGUACUUGAACAGCGCCAACUGCUGUGUGAAUCCCAAUUGCAAGGGCGUCUUCUUCGACAAUCGCGUAGAGCAUAUCAAGUUCGUGGACUUUUGCGGAAAGUAUCGGGUGCCAUUGCUGCAGUACCUCUGCUCAUCCAAGUGCAUCGAGCCGGAGCAGCCGGCGGCGCGGGGAUCAUCCGUGCCGGCUGCCAGUGCCAGCAGCGGCUUCAUGAUGCGCAAGGUGCUGCUGGGCUAGCCGCAUUCCGGCCCGGCCCACUCCGUCCUCCUGGGCCAUAUCCAUAACCAUAUUUGCCGGGAGCGCGAUCGGAGCGUCGACCGAUCCGGUAUCGGAUUUGGAGCAGACACAGAGACACGAAAUCGAUAUCGGAUUAGGAAUCGCACAAGCGGAAUCGGAAACGGGAGCGGUAGCGGAAACGGAAAUGAGAAAAUUAGCGGUUGCAAAUAUGGUGGCGGAUCUAUGCGUUCCGAGGAGGAUCCGAGGAGUCCGACAGCCACCUGGCCACCACCGAUCGCCGAAACGCCAAUCGCCGCCUUGCCGCUCGCCGGGAUUCCCAUUGGCUUCUUCACACGUCAUCAAAUCCAAUUUGAACUAGUUUGCUAAGUGAUUACGACCUGUUUGUUUGCUCGCCUUGCGCGCCAUUUUCUCUGUUUUCUGUUUGUUUGUUUGUUUGCCUGUUGUUAUCCACACUUACACAAUCUAUACCAAAGAAACUCGGCUGGCUUUCACUGGGCGAAAGAAGGAUUCGAGUGGCUUGCGGAGCAUUUAACGAUUAUAUUCGCCGAUAUCGAAGAUUGCAGUUGUUAAGUGCCAGAGCUAUGUAUAUACUACAUUUAGGUAGUCUAACGAGUUAGCAACAGAAGACUUAACUACAAGGAAUUGAUAUUCCAUUAAUUUUUUUCGUAGAACUAGAAAAGCGAUCCUUAUCAAAUGUUACCACGAUAGUAACAAAGUAAUACCAUUCAAUCCAAUUCAAAAAUGAUUAUAAGCUAUCAGUUUUGCUCGGUUAUCUUAGUUACAGUCAGUAAUCUUUGUAAACAAGAUUACAAUACACUUAUCCGUGUUAGGUUUCAUUAAUAGAUUCCACUAAAUAGUUUUGAAAAUUUAAAACCGGUCUUUAAAUAUAAAAGCAAGUACGCUCAUAAAGAAAUAUAGAAACGGAUUGUUGCAAAAAUUAUACCAUCAUUCGGCAUUAAAAAUCCCUUAAAAU